UAUGUUACUUUUUCUGCUCAUUUAUUUAUGAGCCGCUCUCUCCUUCUCUCAUUCUCCCCCAUUACAUCUCCCAAAAUUUACGGACAGAUCGAUCAGUUGGAGACCAAGUAGAGAAACAAUGCCAAAGAAGAAGCUUCAUAAAUCUCUCCAAGACUACCUCUCCAAGAUCAAGAACAAGCCAACCCCUAAUCUCCAAAACCCUAAGAAAUUCAUCCUCUCGGGUUGCAAACAUCCGAUGACUCGGUCCUUCGCAGUCGAUCGUACCCGAAUCGACGAUGCUACCAAUAAGGACGACGGGGCUGCUCUCGCAGAUAUAGACCGUUUCCUGCUCGAGAACUUCAAGUCGCUCUAUCUACGAGAUGAGGAUAGCACUUACUGCAACAGCAACGUCGCAAAAGACAAGAAGGGCAAGGGGUCAAAUGUUAUUCCUGUCGAUAAGGAGUCAUGUGCCGGCGGGAUAUUGUUUGACUCGCCAAGGUUCCUUGAGCCCCCGAGGGAUCUCUGUGGGUCGGCCCGAUUCUUCGUUGGACCUGGGUCGUCCAGCUCCUUGAUGGAGGAAGCCCGGAGCUCCACCACCUCGACUGCCGGUGCAGCCACGACCACCACCACUGCCACAACUAUUACAGUCGCCACCACCAGCGGAAUGAGUUUUACAGAGUCGAUGGCUGACAAUGACUCGAUGUCCGAUUGUCAGAAUGAAGUCAAACUUCCCGAUGACUGCAUCGCGGUAUUGGCCCAUUCAUCCUUGCCUAACGAGGACUUCAGGCGUUCGAUGCGGGAGAUGGUCGACGCGAGGCUGAGGAGCCACGGUCAGGUCGACUGGGAGUUCAUGGAGGAGCUCUUGUUCUGCUACCUCAACUUGAACGAGAAGAAGUCCCACAAGUACAUCCUCAAUGCAUUUGUGGACCUCAUUGUUGCACUCCGCCGGAGCAACGGCCGGCCUCUGGUGAGGCACCAGGAACCCGGCAGGGUUGCUAGGGGGACAAGGAGGAGGAGGACUAGGAGAGAGAUCGUAACGUAACGUAAGUUUUUGGGUAUGGGGGACAUAAAAGAAAAUAUGUCUAGGCUCAAGAAAAUAUUCGUUUAUGGGUUGAAUAUUUCCGAUGCAACCACAUGGUUAGGUGUAUUUUAGUAUCUGUGUUUUUUAUUAUCAUUUGCCUUUUCGGUGGAUAUUUGAAUUUUUUUAUUUAUGGGAGAAUGGUUUAUUUAAUAAUGUAGAUUUGUUUAUGAUUUACUUUCUGGAAUUUUCA